AUGAUUCGGAUCAAAACUAACAUUGUGGGUCUGUGCGGAUGUGCUGUUCGCCAUGCUUCCGCUUUCAGCGGAACCGGUUUAACAUCGGAGAAAUUCAUGAAGCAACCGCAGAAUGAGCCAGUUUUAACCUACAAAAAAGGCAGCCCCGAACGAAUAGCCCUCGAAAAAGCAGUCUCAGAGUUGGCUGGAGCAACCGCGGAAGUACCGCUACGAAUUGGAAGCGAGAAAAUUUACAAUAAUCUCGAGUAUAAUCAAGUAAUGCCAUCGGAUCAUCAAAAAACCAUUGCACGAUUCACGCAUGCCUCAGCAGAACAGAUCAAUGAAGCGAUACGUUUGGGAUUGGAUGCUAAACAAAAGUGGGAGCGAAAACCCCUCAGGGAACGAGCCGAUGUUUUGUUGCAUGCAGCAGAUCUUUGUGCUGGAAAAUAUCGUAUGCGACUAAAUGCAGCAACAAUGUUAGGUCAGGGAAAGAAUAUUGUACAGGCGGAGAUCGAUUCAGCCUGUGAACUCAUCGAUUUCUUCCGUUUCAAUUCAAUGUUUGCAUUGAAUCUCGAAAAGUACCAGCCAAUUUCACCGAAAAAUGUCACAAACACCAUGCAUUACAGAGGACUUGAAGGAUUCGUAGCAGCUGUUGCUCCAUUCAAUUUCACAGCAAUUGGUGGUAAUCUGCCAACAGCACCAGCACUAAUGGGCUUUCACAUCGAAGGACUGUCGGUUGGAGCAAAUUUUACAGCUUAG